AGAAGAAGAUGGCUACAAAGGCUGAGGUAUUAUACGAUUUUGAUGGAAAUAAUAUGGAUGACGGGUUGAUUGUGAAGAAGGGAGUAGUAAUUGAAAUCCUCGAAGAUGAAGGGGAGUGGUCUUGGUGUAGUCAUGGAAAUAAAGAGGGUUAUGUUCCUACGUCUUUUCUGAAGAAAUUGCCUACGAAGAAACCUGAAGAAGCGCCUCCUAGAUAUGGUCGUAUGUCAUUUAUUGAUAUGCAACAGCGAAAGCCCACGACGAUUGAUGCUGUAAAUUCAAAGCCAGAAUAUGCUUAUGAGCGUUCUGGAGAGCUGGAUGCUCUUCUGAAGCGCAAGCAGAAGGUUGCGGAGCAGGCGGUGAAGAGUGACACUACGGAUAACGAGAUCCGUCAGGUCCAGAAGUCUACUGUGGUUCCUCCCAAGCAGCGAACGCAGGAAGAUAUCAUGCGCGAGAUUGAAGCAUCGAAGGCUUCCUACACCUAUGAAAAGGCCGAUGAGCAGAAGAAGACGUUCACGUUCCAUCGUGACGCUGAUUUGGAUGCUCUUCUGAAGCGUAAACAGAAGGUGGCGAGCCAGGAAGUCUCUCAGGAAGUCAGUGAAGACGCUAUUCGCCAGGUCCAGAAAUCGACUGUGAUUCCUCCCAAGCAGCGAACUCAGGAAGAUAUUAUGCGUGAGAUUGAAGCGUCCAAGGCUUCUUACACCUAUGAGAAGCCUGAAGAACAGAAGAAGAAAUACGAGUUCCACCGCGAUGCUGAAUUGGACGCGUUGUUGAAGCGCAAGCAGAAGGUGGCGAGCCAGGAAGUCUCCCAGGAAGUGAAUGAGGACGCCAUUCGCCAGGUCCAGAAGUCCACCGUCAUUCCUCCCAAGCAGCGAACGCAGGAAGAUAUCAUGCGUGAGAUUGAAGCAUCGAAGGCUUCCUACACCUACGAAAAGCCUGAAGAACAGAAGAAGAAAUACGAGUUCCACCGCGACGCGGAGCUGGACGCGUUGUUGAAGCGCAAGCAGAAGGUGGCGAGCGUGGAGGUUCAGUACGGCGAGCCGGAGCGUCCCGUCGUUCCCUCGGCGCUUCCCUCGGCGCCUCCGAGUCAUCGCCACGGCGCCGCCUCGAAGACGCCCGCGUUCCUCAAGCCGUCGUCGCCGCAGGAGACGAAGGAGGAGCCGGCCGCGCGCGCCCACCCCAUCAUAAUCCCCACCUCGCAGCCGCGCCGCGUGUCCAAGCCGCGCGCCGCGCAGGCCAUUCCCGAGCCGCCCAAGGACGAGGAGGACUCCUACCUCGACCGUCUGCUCCGCAACCGCGCCAGUCUCAGCGGAGCCAAGCCCAAGACCGAGCCCAAGCCUGAGCCCAAGCCUGAGCCUAAGCCUGAGCCCAAGGCCGAGAUUAAGCCAGAACCCAAGCCUGAACCCAAGCCUGAACCCAUUGCUGCUCCGGAGCCCGAACCGGAGCCCCAGCCGGAGCCAGAACAUGAGAUGAUGGCUUCGCCGGCCUCCUCGGCGGACUGCGCGCCCGCGAUCGAGCGCGAGUCCAUCCCGCAGCCCGCGCCCGAGAACGAGCGCGAGCCGGCUCCCGAGGCGAUCAGCGAGGAGGACGAGGUGGUGCUGGGCCGCGUGCGCGUGCUAUACGACUACUCGUCGAGCGGGCAGGGCGAUCUGAGCAUCCGCGAAGGCGAGGAACUCGAGGAACUGCAGGGAGACAACGAGGAAUGGAUGCGCGUGCGCAAGCCCUCCGGAGAGGCCGGACUGGUGCCCCGCAACUACGUGCAGCGCGUGGAGGCCGAGGAGUUCAAGGUGCGAGCGAUCUAUUCCUACGAAGCCACCGACGCCAUGUACCUCACCAUCCAUGAGGGAGAAGUCCUCACCGUCACCAAGCAGGACGAUGGAUGGUACUCCGGAAGCAACGAAAACGGAGAGAGCGGAUGGUUCCCGAUGAACCAUGUGGAAAAACUCUAGUUGUGUUGAUAU